GAGGUGGAGCUGGAGCGGGCUGGAGCUGCCAAGACGGAUGCACGCGAGAAGGGCGGUCCCAACGUGAGGAAACACAUAAACAUGUUGUCGAGCCCAGUCAGUUCCUCGCAGACAUAUCUUCACAGACAGAUAUCUGUAUUCCAUAUUAGGAAGGAAGAGAUGUGCGAAGAGAUGGUUGAACGAUUGAAGAUAUUGGUAUUGGUAUUGGUAUUGGUAUUUGCAUCCUCUUGGAUCCAACUUGUGGGUAUAUUGCGCACGAGGUUAACUAACAUGUACAUUUUAGAAGCACCAUAUUAACGGGUCUAUUCGGCGGACGACUUGACGCCAU